CCGUGGCCAUGACCGGAAUGUUAAAACUUCUCAACUUCCAUUGUUCCACAUUACAAGUCUAAAACCACUCGUAUAUAUGAAACACAGAAACUCACAGAUCAGAGGACAGAAAGAAUUUAUAAGAAGAACUGGAGAUCGAAUUGAAAGUUGGAAUACUACGAAGGUUCCUCUGCUCUAACAAGUACUCAUCAUAUCCCUCUGCUCCGAAAAUAAAUACACAUAUCAUCCCCACCAUCAAAUGUUGGAGUAUCUGGAUUUGAUUACGUACAGAGCAAUUGUAUUUAUCCUCUGAGAAAUUACUCGGUGGCUUCCUCUUCCAAACUACAGGGUGAAUUUUUAUUGUCUCUUCACCUAUGUAUAUAUAAAUUAAUUAGGUAUUCUUCUGUAUCAAAUCAGCUGGAAAAAUGGGAUUGAGAAGUCAUUCAGUAGCAAUCCGCAUAUGGGUCUGCGCUAUAUGCUUCUUGUUUCUGAAAUUGAAUGCUUACACUUCAGAUGGGAUAUACAGAGUUAAUCUGAAAAAGAGACCUUUAGACCUUGAUAGUAUAAAUGCUGCGAGAAUAAGUAGUGCUAGUGCACAACACAUGUUUGAUAGAAGUCCAUGGAAUGCCAAUGGCGAUUCAGAUAGUCCAAAGGCAAAUAUAGUGUAUCUGAAGAAUUAUUUGGAUACCCAAUAUUACGGAGAGAUUGGUAUCGGCUCUCCCUCGCAGACCUUCGCUGUUGUUUUCGAUACUGGGAGCUCUAACCUUUGGGUCCCCUCCUCAAAAUGUUAUUUUUCUAUUGCUUGCUAUCUUCACUCCAAGUACAGGGCAAGGCUAUCUCGUACAUAUACCAAGAUUGGAAUAUCUUGCAAAAUUCAUUAUGGUUUGGGGUGGAUAUAUGGAUUCUUAAGCCAAGAUAAUGUCAGAGUUGGUGACAUUAUUAUCAAAGAUCAAGUGUUCAUCGAGGCAAGGAGGGAAGGCUCAUUAACCUUAAUGCUCACAGAGUUUGAUGGGAUACUUGGCCUUGGGUUUCAGGACAUCGCUGUUGGGCAAGUCAUGCCAGUGUGGUAUAAUAUGGUGCAACAAAGUCUUGUGAGCAAGCAGAUCUUCUCUUUCUGGAUAAACCGGGAUGCAAAGUCAAUCAUCGGGGGUGAGAUCGUCUUUGGUGGUAUCGAUUGGAGGCACUUUAGGGGUGAUCAUACUUAUGUCCCAGUUACUGAAAACGGUUACUGGCAGAUCGAGAUCGGGGACUUUCUUAUUGCCAACAAUUCAACAGGUUUUUGUGAGUUUGGGUGUGCUGCGAUUGUGGAUACAGGUGCAACCUUUAUUGCUGGUCCGACUGCUAUUGUGGCUCAAAUCAACCAUGCCAUUGGAGCAGAAGGAUUUGUGAGCUUAGAAUGUAAAGGUGUGGUCUCCAAGUUUGGGAGUUUGAUAUGGGAGUUCUUAGCAUCAGGGUUACAACCAACAAAAGUAUGUGCAGACAUUGGACUAUGUUCAUACAACAGGUCGCACCAUGCAAGCUAUGGCACGGACACAGUAAUUGAAAAUAACAAUGCAGAUGGGUUAUCUGUUGAUGAGAAUGCUCUAUGUGCUUUCUGUGAGAUGACUGUCUUUUGGAUUCAAGUACAGCUUAAACACCAUAAAACUAAAGAGAUAGUGAUGAAACAUGUGAAUGAGCUGUGUGAGAGGCUCCCCAACCCCAAAGGAACAUCCUUUAUCAACUGCAAUAGCAUCGAGACCAUGCCAGAUGUUUCAUUCACAAUUGGAAAUAAGUCUUUCCCCCUCACUCCAGAACAGUACACAUUGAGGAUUGAAGAGAACUGUUCUAGUGUCUGCGUCAGUGGCUUUGUUGCCUUGGAUGUGCCUCCCCCACAAGGUCCCCUCUGGGUUCUAGGAGAUGUGUUCUUGGGAUCAUACCACACGGUGUUCGACUUCGGUAAUCGUCAAGUUGGAUUUGCAAAAGCUGCUCAGUGAUUCUUCAGCUUCCCCCUUCCUAAGCCUGCAGGCUUGUGGUAGUGUGUAAAUUGUGAAAUGUAAUGAUGAAUGAAUGCAUAAUUCAUUCUAUUAUAUAUAUAUAUAUAUAUAUAUAUAUGCUUAUCUGUGUUUAUAUACACUUCUCUCUCUUUUGUUUUUGUUUUAUAGUUUACUACACUGGCAGUAUAUUGGUGGGCAAUUAUUAAUGUAUCUGUCGAGUAAAAGAGAAUGGAAAUGUAAUUAAAACAUCAUAAAGUUGCUAUGCCACUUUAAGGCUACAUGUGUCCCAAAUGGAAAACCUACUGUUCCAUUUAUCAU